CGCGUCCAUGAUUGUUUACAAACAACAGCUUCCUGUUUUGAUAACUUCGAACUCCAAGUACUUUACUUUCUUUUCCGAUUCCAAUUGAUGUUUAAUAAACAAGACUACUUUAAAGCUUUCUUUAGGAAGAACAACAGCACAGUUUACGAUCUAAAAGAAAUUAAGGAUGUCUGACAAUGGCACAGAAAUUGUUGAUGACACUGCAGAGUCUGAACUGGAUUUGACCGAAUGUGUCAACAACAAUGAAGACAUCGUACAAUCUCUCGACUCAGCAAAACAAAUCGAUGAUUCUAAAACACAACAGCCUGUCAAUGAACUGGAACAUAAAACAAUCCAACCAGAAUUGAAAUCUCCAUCUAAAAUAAAGGCAUGUAUACCGUUUGUGAUUGGCUGCUUGCUAUUUAUUGGUCUCGCUUAUGGAGGCUGUUGCAUUAUGGGAUUUGAUGAUGCCAAGGAUGAGAUGGAUUUGGAGAAGAGAGUCGAGUUUGCAUUCAAAAUCUGUGUUGUACAGCUGGUUCCUGUUAUGGCAGCCUUGGUUGUGUCUUUGUUCAGCACAGCAGAAAAACAUGCACUGUUCUUCCGUGAGGGCUUGGAUAGUGGUAUGAUCCUCUCCAUCAAUCUGUUGUUUGCUGUCACCCACUUGGAGCCCAAUUGCUUCGAUGUUAUGGGUGUCAUUGUGUGUCUCGUCACAGCUUUCAGGACUCUACAAUGGGUCUUAUAUGCGAGGUGCUACCAUUAUCGUUGUAUUUUUGGAUUCCCCCCACUCAUGGUAAACCUGGUCCUGUUUCUAAGCAACAUCUACAACAUUGCUGACUGUGGGACCCACAUCCCAAAUUAUUUGGGGUUCACAGGUUUCACAACAGAGGUUCCCCCAGCAGCAGAUCUGGAUAAUUCUGGUUGGUUUUAAUGUGUGGGCCAAUACACCUCCACUGGGACCAUAAUUGUCAUGGAAAAUGUCAAAGAGUUCAAUCAGCAAAAUAUAAUGUAAAUAAGUCUCUCAAUUGUAUAGAAGUCGCUCAUCUCAAAUGUAUAGAAACAAUUAGUUUUUUAAUUGUAUAUAUCAGGAACUUCAUCCAAAUACUAGAAAGGUCACUGAAGGUAGAAACAUUACCUAGGUAUGUAAUUUUAUUAGUUAGGAGUCGAAACGUUUUUGUUGUUUGUACAUUAUUUGACGUUAAUGUAUGACAUUAGAUCUAGAAUCUCAGUUGUAUUUGGUAUAUUUUAUAUGAGCUUUAUUUAGAGAAUGCUUUUUUAUAGUAUUUAUAAAGGGAAAGUGUGACAUUUACCUAAUUUGUAUCCGCAAAGUUUCAUAAAAUAUUUUUACAAAGUGAGACUAGACUGACUUUAAAGGAAAGCUUUUUUUAAGAUGAUAGAUUUGUCUUAUGCAAAUGAUUAGAUAGAUAAUUUGACAAUGUCUGGCCACUUUUAAUCCACAAUCUAGUUUU